CGCACAACCUAACUGGAACUACACCACUACCUCGCCGGCUACAGCCCAAUCACCGAAUCUCAAACCAUCUCGCUCUCACCAAGACCGCCAACAUGUUCAUCGCGCGGUCAGAAUAUGAUCGUGGCAUCAACACAUUCUCGCCCGAAGGUCGUCUGUUCCAAGUCGAAUACUCCCUUGAAGCCAUCAAGCUCGGCAGCACAGCAAUCGGCAUUUCCACUUCCGCUGGCGUCAUUCUUGGUGUCGAGAAACGCAUUACCUCGUCCCUCCUGGAAACGAGCUCGGUCGAGAAGAUUGUCGAGAUCGACCGCCACAUCGGAUGCGCCAUGUCUGGUCUACAAGCAGAUGCGAGGAGUAUGGUGGAGCACGCACGAGUCACGUCUCAGAGCCACGAGUUCCACUACAACGAGCGAUUGAGCGUCGAGAGCUGUACGCAGGCCAUUUGCGAUCUGGCAUUGCGGUUCGGAGAGGGCGCUGAGGGCGAGGAGAGCAUCAUGAGCCGGCCGUUCGGUGUGGCGCUCUUGAUUGCUGGUUAUGAUGAGAACGGGCCUUCGCUCUACCACGCCGAGCCAUCGGGCACGUUCUAUCGCUACGACGCGAAAGCCAUCGGUUCAGGAUCGGAAGGUGCCCAAGCCGAGCUCCAGAACGAGUUCCACAAGUCACUCACGCUCCCGGAAGCCGAAGAGCUAGUACUGAAGACGUUGAAGCAGGUCAUGGAGGAGAAGCUGGACGCCAAGAACGUGCAGCUUGCGAGUGUGACGAAGGAGAAGGGAUUCCAAAUUUACACAGAUGAGGCCAUGGCUGGGGUGGUGUCGAGACUGGAGGGCAACUAGGUGCAAGAAGAGCACGGGUACGAAGUAUGAUGGGCGGCAUAGAGGACUGUACAUUAUGGAUAACAGCAUUGCGCCGCCACGAAGGCACUGAUGCAUGGAAAGAGGUUGUACGGAUACAGCAGUCGGCACAUCUCAGUCCAGCCAAAGAAAAGUCGGAUUCUGCAUGCAGGAUUGCUAAUCGAACAGUAGCUGCCAAGGAGAAAGCAGGACAACGUGAUCGGGCUGUGCGAAAGCUGUAGGCUUUUCUCUAGCAGGUCGAUGCGCAAUCGGUCUGAUGUGGUGAGUGAAGCGAGUCAGCUCAAAUCGCACCAGAGAUACCGACCAAACCAAGCAGAGUGGUUGAAAUUCGUGGCCGCCCUACAUCCAUGGGAUUCAUACAUCAGCACUAGCACAUGCGCGAUUGAGGUAAUCUCGGGACUGACAUAUAGGCAACAC